GUUGCGUCACCAUGCUCAAGUCACCCAAUAAGACCACCGCAGUCAAGCAGUGGGAACAGCGCUGGAUCAAGAACUGCCUGUGUGGGGGGCUCUGGUGGCGCAUGCCCCACAGCUACCCCUGACUGCAUUCUCGCCUGUGAGGGAACUGAGACCCCGGUGGGAUCAACUCUCUGGACUCCACCCUUAACCACACGGAGGAUCAUCUUUGAAGACACGUGGAGUUGAUUGUCUUAACACAAGAAGGGCCACAGCCAGGAAGGGUCUGGAGUAUGGACGGCUGCACACACUGGAUUCUCCGGCCGCGCAGCCCUCCCCCAACCCCCCUAUCCAACUGGACGUUUAACCGCGGGACUUAUUUUGAGGGUCUGUCCCGGUUCUCGACGGCUCCCCCGUGACUGUACCGGGCUAGGUGUACAGGAGAUAGUGAACAAAAGGAGCCAAAGAAAAUCCUGCCGUCUGGGGCCUGAAGACUGUGGACAGUGAUUUAAGUGCCCGGGGGCCUGUUUCCCCAUUUGCCAAACGAUGGUUAGCUGGCCCCCACCCUUCAUGACUGUGGAAACACCUGCAAACAACAAGCGCCGCCUAAGGAGCCUCACGUGAAUUCACCACGAGGGCCCUCCCGCUCCGCGCGCAUCGCGGAGCAUCCCGGAGCAUCCCGGGCCUUGCGCCUCGGAUGCUGCGAGCCAGGCGAGGGGCCGCGGUCGGACCAGUGGAGGGUGGACCCCGAGUGGCUGGGGGAAGAUGCAGGGCAGCGCGGCUUUGUCCCCUCCAACUACGGUUUGUGGCGCCCCCGGCACCAUGAUCUCGACCAAGGAGAAGAAUAAAAGCCCGAAGGACAGCAUGACGCUUCUGCCCUGCUUCUACUUCGUGGAGCUGCCCAUAGUGGCAUCCUCCAUCGUGUCCCUCUACUUCCUGGAGCUGACCGACCUCUUCAAGCCAGCUAAGGUGGGCUUCCAGUGCUACGACCGCACGCUGUCCAUGCCCUACGUGGAGACAAGUGAAGAACUCAUUCCACUGCUCAUGCUCCUCAGCUUGGCCUUUGCUGCACCCGCAGCCUCGAUCAUGGUGGGCGAAGGCAUGCUGUACUGUCUACAGUCCCGGCUGUGGGGCCGCAGCGGGGGCCCAGGUGGGCCCGAGGGCAGCAUCCAUGCCGGCGGCUGCAACUUCAACUCCUUCCUUCGGCGGACGGUGCGCUUUGUAGGUGUCCACGUGUUUGGCCUGUGUGCCACGGCCCUGGUGACUGACGUGAUCCAGCUCGCCACGGGCUACCAUGCACCCUUCUUCCUGACUGUGUGCAAACCCAACUACACCCUGCUGGGCACGUCAUGUGAGGCCAAUCCCUACAUCACACAGGACAUAUGCUCUGGCCACGACACCCAUGCCAUCCUGUCUGCCCGGAAGACCUUCCCAUCCCAGCAUGCCACUCUGUCUGCCUUUGCUGCUGUCUACGUGUCGGUGAGUGCUGCCCCGCACCCCAGAUGCCCCACAGGGACCAACUGCCCUGACCACCCACCUGUCCCCUGGCAGAUGUACUUCAACUCGGUCAUCUCAGACACCACCAAGCUGCUGAAGCCCAUCCUGGUGUUCUCCUUCGCCAUUGCGGCAGGCGUCUGCGGCCUCACCCAGAUCACACAGUACCGCAGCCACCCGGUGGACGUCUACGCAGGCUUCCUCAUUGGGGCUGGCAUAGCGGCCUACCUGGCCUGCCAUGCAGUGGGCAACUUCCAGGCCCCACCGGCAGAGAGACCAGCGGCCCCAGUGCCAACUAAGGACGCGCUAAGGGCCCUGACCCAGCGGGGCCACGACUCAGUGUACCAGCAGAACAAGUCCGUGAGCACCGAUGAGCUAGGUCCACCCAGCCGGCUGGAGGGCGUGCCCCGGCCUGUGGCCCGCGACAAGACCUCGCUGGGCAGCCUGAAGCGGGCCAGCGUGGAUGUAGACCUGCUGGCCCCGCGCAGCCCCAUGGGCAAGGAGAACAUGGUAACCUUCAGCCACACACUGCCCCGUGUCAGCACGCCCUCGCUAGACGACCCCGCCCGCCGCCACAUGACCAUCCAUGUUCCACUGGACGCCUCCCGCUCCAAGCAGCUCAUUAGUGAAUGGAAGCAGAAGUCGCUGGAGGGCCGAGGCCUGGGGCUGCCAGACGAGGGCAGCCCUGCACACCUGCGGGCGCCCGCAGAGCCCAUGGCUGAGGAGGAAGAAGAGGAGGAGGAGGAGGAGGAGGAGGAGGAGGAGGGGGAGGAAGGGGGUCCAGCACCUCCCUCACUGUACCCCACAGUCCAGGCUCGGCCAGGGCUCGGGCCACGUGUCAUCCUGCCGCCUCGGGCUGGACCGCAACCUCUGGUUCAUAUCCCCGAGGAGGGGGCACAGGCAGCAGCUGGCCUCUCCCCCAACAGCAGCGCGGCUGUGCGGGCCAAGUGGCUCAUGAUGGCUGAGAAGAGUGGAGCUGCGGUGGCCGCAGCCUCGGCCCAGCCCCGUGUGGCCAACCCACCCCGGCUGCUGCAGGUCAUCGCCAUGUCCAAGGCUCCAGGUGCACCUGGCCCCAAGGCAGCCGAGACGGCGUCCUCAUCCAGUGCCAGCUCCGACUCCUCCCAGUACAGGUCCCCGUCUGACCGCGACUCUGCCAGCAUUGUCACCAUUGAUGCACACGCACCCCACCACCCUGUGGUCCACCUGUCCGCGGGUAAUGGGCCCUGGGAGUGGAAGGCGGCAGGAGUCGGGUCCAAGGGGGUGGAGGGAGAGAGUGGCUAUGAGCUGGGGGACCUGGCCCGCAGCUUCCGCGGUGGGGCCAAGCCCCCGGGCAUCUCCCCAGGCUCAUCAGUCAGUGAUGUGGACCAGGAGGAGCCACGGUUUGGGGCCGUGGCCACUGUCAACCUGGCCACGGGUGAGGGGCUGCCCCCACUGGGUGCAGUCGAUGGUGCCCUGGGACCAGGCAGCCGGGAGUCAACGCUGCGGCGCCAAGCAGGCCUGGCGCUUGGUGAUAGAGAGGUGGCAGAGGCCGAGGCCGAGAGCUACUACCGGAAGAUGCAGGCUGCCCGCAGGUUCAAGGACUGAGGGCGGG